ACGGUAGCCUUUGGAAGGAGGUGAAAGAUAAGCAGGCGUAUUCGCCACGUUAAAAAGAAGAUGUAUAGCUUGGAGUACUGACUAAUUGUUUUCGCAGAUGAUCUGCAUCUUAUGGUGUCGUCAACUUCAGCGAUUUCCGCCAGACCUUCUUCAUCUAUUGAUUUCAUUUCUGUACCUCCUCAGCCAUUUCAUCUCCAUCCCAUCGCUUGUAACAAUUCUCUUUAAGAAAGGAUGCCGAAAACGACAAGAUCUCGACCCGCAUCUAGACAGGGCGCUUCCUCCACUAGGCGACACAAACGCGCAGAAGGCAUCGACAAUUAGAAGGUCUCUAAAAAGCUUCUAAGGUUCUGAGUCUGCCUCUAAGCUACUAGCUGUUGACUGGUAUCUUCUC